AAGUAUUUGAGUUUUGUGUGGUCUUGCAACAUUAGUUGUAACACCAUGUCUCCUCCUAACACAUCCAUUCCUGCCCUUUUCUUGAAUAUUUUUGGCCUUCUAUUUGCACUCCAAGCAGGGGUUUCUCGAGUUGAGGGUCGUGCUUUCUUUGUGUUCGGAGACUCCCUAGUCGACAGUGGGAACAACAACUAUUUGGUGACAAGUGCUCGUGCUGAUUCACCUCCUUAUGGACUUGAUUAUCCAACUCAUAGACCAACCGGCCGCUUCUCUAAUGGCUUCAACAUACCUGACAUUAUCAGUCAAAAUAUUGGUGCAUCAGAAUCACCGUUGCCAUACUUGGAUCCGGAACUGAAUGGUAGAAGACUGCUUGUUGGUGCCAAUUUUGCAUCGGCUGGUGUGGGAAUUCUCAACGAUACCGGAAUCCAAUUUGUGAACAUAAUUAGAAUCUCCUUACAGUUGGAAUACUUCAGAGAAUAUCAACAACGAGUGAGUGCAUUGAUAGGAGCCCAACAGGCAAAGCAACUUGUGAACCAAGCACUAGUUCUUAUGACCUUGGGAGGCAAUGACUUUGUUAACAACUACUAUUUAGUGCCAAACUCUGCAAGAUCACGUCAAUAUGCUCUACCUGAUUACGUUCGUUUUCUCAUUUCCGAGUACCAGAAAGUUUUGUCGAGGCUUUAUGAUCUUGGAGCCCGCAGGGUCAUCGUGACUGGCACAGGACCAUUAGGCUGCGUCCCAGCAGAACUGGCAAUGCGCAGUAGAAAUGGUGAAUGCUCAGCUGAACUACAACGAGCAGCAGGCCUAUUCAAUCCACAGUUAAUUCAAAUGCUGAGGGGGUUAAACAGUAAAAUAGGGAAGGAUGUUUUUAUUGGUGCAAAUGCUCAACAAAUGCAUAAUGAUUUCAUCACAAAUCCCGGAGCUUUUGGAUUUGUUUCAUCGAAGGUGGCAUGCUGCGGGCAAGGACCUUACAAUGGGCUCGGGCUCUGCACAGGAUUAUCUAACUUGUGCCCGAAUAGAGACCAAUAUGCAUUUUGGGAUCCAUUCCAUCCAUCAGAGAAGGCAAACAAAAUAAUUGUGCAACAAAUCCUGACGGGCUCAACUGAUUACAUGACACCCAUGAAUCUCAGCACUAUCCUGGCCAUGGAUUCUUAAACAUAUCCAUGUUGCUAUAAGUUGAAUUUCUCUUUUGCUUUCUCUCUGCUCCUAGUUUUUCUGCAAAAAAUUAGGAAAUUAUUUUCACGUGUGCCGCCGAGGAGCUGCCAAUGACUAGUUAUUUCAGCACUAAAUUAAGUGUAAUGUGUUUGAAGUGUAAUAAUAGUCACAGAAUGUUUUCUAUCA